AUGUUGGCAGUGCUCCUUUCAGUCAAACAAAUUACCUCAACGACAAAAGCAUUUCUCUUCUGUUUGUUCUUAUGCCUUUUUCUUGUGCCCAUUAAUUCACAAAAUUCAAAUGCAACAGACAGGCUAGCACUUCUUGAAUUCAAGAACAGAAUAACUGACGAUCCCUUCAAUUUCCUGAAUUCUUGGAAUGAAUCUGCACAUUUUUGCCACUGGCCUGGUGUUGUUUGCAGCAGAAGGCACCAAAAAAUUACAAGCUUGAAUCUGCAGCAUCAGAAACUGACAGGAUCCCUGUCCCCAUACAUUGGAAAUCUUACUUUUCUUAAUCUACUGAUUCUUGAUAACAACAGCUUUAUGGGAAACAUUCCUCAAGAACUUGGAAAUUUGAGAAGAUUGAGAUUCCUACGGAUUCGUCUUUCGUGGAAUAAUCUCUAUGGAAAGAUUCCAACAAAAUUAGGAUCUUUGUCAAAGCUUCAGCUGAUUCAAGCCCCAAGAAAUAGUCUUGUAGGUGAAAUCCCGAGUACUUUUGGGAAUGCGUCAUCCCUGGAAUUUUUUGGGUUUUCCUCCAACAGGCUUACCGGGAGGAUUCCAAAUGAAUUCGGACAGCUGAAUCUGGAAUACAUUGGAUUAAGUGAAAACAGAUUGUCUGGUUCUUUCCCUCCUACAAUUUUCAAUCUCUCUUCUAUUACAACUAUUUUUGUGCCAAUGAACCAAAUGCAAGGUACACUUCCAUCUUUCGUAGGCAAGACUCUUCCAAACCUGCAUUAUCUUGCCAUUGAGGGAAACCAGUUUACAGGAACAAUUCCUGUUUCCCUGUCAAAUUUGUCGAAUCUCGAGUUUCUUUUUAUCGGAGGAAACAAAAUCACUGGAAACGUGCCUAGUUUCUCAAAUCUGCAUAAACUUAGUCACCUAGACAUCUCCAGCAAUUACUUGGGAAAUGGAGAAUCCACUGAUCUGAUUUUCAUUUCGUCAUUGAACAACGCCAGUAAUUUAGAGGAACUGGGCCUAUCUGAUAACAACUUUGGUGGGGUGUUGCCUAAAUAUUUCGGAAAUCUCUCUACAAAACUUACAGGGAUAUUAGUAAGCAACAAUCAACUAUCAGGAAACCUUCCAAGUUGGAUAGAAAAUUUCGAAAAUCUGACGAAUAUUGAGAUGAGGGGUAACAAAUUCACAGGUCAUAUCCCUAUUGAAAUUGGGAAGCUAAGAAAUCUACAAAUGCUUGAUCUAUCACACAACAAUUUCUCUGGGAAAAUUCCAUAUUUUCUUGGAAAUCUAAGCCUUUUAACCAAGCUUCAUCUAAAUGACAACAGUUUUUAUGGCGAAAUCCCAUUUAGCCUGGGAAUGUGCCAGAACUUGCAAGGAUUGAAUCUCUCCAAGAACAAUCUUAAUGGAACAAUUCCUUCACAAGUUUUCAGUCUCUCUUCCUUAUCUUUAUAUUUGGACUUAUCUAACAACUAUCUAGUUGGUCCGCUUCCGACUGAAGUUGGAAAUCUUGAUAAUCUGGGUGAACUUGUUAUUUCCAACAAUAAGUUGUCUGAUGAGAUCCCUGUAACCCUCAGCAGUUGUGUCGGAUUGGAAAAACUUCUUAUGAACAAAAACUUCUUCCGAGGGACAAUCCCUUCAUCUUUGAGUACUUUAAGAGGUUUAAGAUUUCUUGAUCUUUCUCAAAACAAUCUGUCAGGAACAAUUCCUCAAUUUUUGGGAAGUUUUGAUUUGCAAUAUUUAAAUCUUUCCUUCAAUUCCUUUGAGGGUGUAUUGCCAAAUGAAGGAAUCUUUAGAAAUGCAACUACAGUUUCAGUGAUUGGAAAUCCAAAUCUUUGCGUCAACACUCCUGGAUUUCAAAUUCCUUUAUGUGAAAAUAAACCUAAAUCAUCCAAAAAGUUCACUUCAAGCUUAACUUUCAAACUAACAAUUUCUUUUGUAUGUAGUAUUUUAGGACUUCUGUUGUUAUGUGCCUUAAUGUUUCUUUACUAUUACAAGAAAAAAAAGGUCCCUUCAGAUUUUUCAAAAGAUACUAUUUUGAAAUUAUCCUAUCAAAGUCUAUUUCAAGCAACCAAUGGAUUCAGUUCGGCUAAUCUUGCUGGAACGGGUAGUUUCUCGUCCGUGUAUAAAGGAUUUCUUGAUAGUACAGAAACUGUUGUUGCUGUGAAGGUAUUCAAUCUUUUUCAACCAGUGGCUUCCCAGAGUUUUCUAGUCGAAUGUGAAGUGUUUAAGAAUAUUAAACAUCGGAAUCUUGUCAGGGUGCUAACAACAUGCUCAGGUAUUGAUAAUCGAGAUGACCAAAACACCCCGACAAGCUCAUUUGGCGUAAGAGGAUCUCUUGGUUACACGGCUCCAGAGUAUGGAAGGGGAAGUCAGGUUUCGACUCUAGGCGACGUAUACAGCUUUGGAAUUCUUCUGUUAGAGAUGUUUACUGGAAAAAGGCCUACAGACGACAUGUUCAAAGAUGGACUUAGCCUACAUUAUUUCGUUAAGGCAGCUUUGCCUGAUAGAGUAGCAGAAAUUAUCGAUCCAAUACUUGUCGAAGAAUGCAAAUCAGUGGAGAUGAACAUGAACUACACGAAGAUUCACAAAUUGAAAGAGUGCUUCGUUUCAGUAUUCAAAGUAGGAUUGGCUUGUUCAAUGAGUACAGCAAGAGAAAGAUUGAGCAUGAGUGAUGCUGCUAAUGAGCUACUUUCCAUCAGAAAUGCUGUUCUUGCAACUGGAAUGCACUGA